UUUGGUAUUUUUUGGGUUUUUUGUUUGUUUGUUUGUUUGUUUUAUGGUAUUUUCCUAUUGUUUUUUUUUUUAGAAAGAGAAGUGAGAAAAUUUUGGGGUUCACUUCAUUCAUUCAUCUAUGUUUGUUUAUUGUAUACCAAGAAAAAAGAUAGGAAAGUUAGUGAUAUAAAGAUUUCACCCUUUUUUUUGUUUUCUAAACUCAUCAUUCUUGCCUCUAUUUCAUCCAUUACAAGUUACCAUUUUCUUCUUCUCUAUACCAGGUUUGAAAGCUCUUAGAUUAAGGUAUUCUAGGUUGCAAAAUCAAACUGAAAGGUAGUCGAAAAAUCUGAUUAGUGGUAUGAAGAGUAAAGGGGAUGGUAAUGUUUCUAACAUUAGUCAAGGACUCGCUUCCUCGACUGGUGAAAACAAAACAAACCAAAAUCUUAGAGAUGGCGAGGUUUCUAUUGUUUCAUCUGAAAGGGUUCACUCAACUCUGCAGACUUUGAUCAGGAGCGACUUAAGCUCAGAUACUGGACAACGCUUUAACGGAAAGAGGAAGGUCGUAGAUUCUGUGAUUGUGGAACAUAAUAAGGUGAUUAAAACCGAUUCUUCAUCUUCGAAAGAAAGUGGCGAAGUCAUUCAACUAAGUUCUGUUGAUUCUACCGAUCCAAUACACUGUCAGUCUGUGAACAAUGAGAAAAAACCAUAUGUGAGUCAGUCUAAUGAAUCAAAAGUAGGUCAAGACCGAGAAUCGCCUAUGAUUACAAAAUCAUCAGAUUCUAUUGCUGCAAGUUUGCCAAGUUCUCGGCAUUGUAAUGUUGAUCUGAACGAAGGUACGGAGGCAAAGGGAGCUAUAUCGGUAGUAGCUAAGGUUGGCGUUCCUAUGGGCUUACCUAAGAAGCCAUUGCAAUUCGGUGGAGAGCUCGGAUGGAAGAGAUCUAGCACUGCUAGUGCCUUUCACCCGACUUCUCUAAAAACUCCUGAAAGAGAAAAAGAAACUUGCAAUCAUCGAGGUAUUGAUCUCAACGUUGUUGCUACAAUGGAUUCAGAACACCCUGUAGAUGAGACUCCUAUGGGUGUUGUCACUUCAAACCCACCCGCUAGAUUUUUGCUUGACCUGAAUAGCCGAAGUGAAAAUGAUGAAACUUACCAUAAACCCGUUGCAUCAAGUUUUGAUCUAAACGACAAUCUUGUCACCGAGGAUGCUUGUAGAAACACUUAUCAAUGCAGUGAAAUUCUGCAGCUGCCGAGAAAAAGUGUAGCAGCUGACACCAGGACUGUUUCGGGAGGAAACACCAUAACUCCGUCCAUUUUUGAUCCGAGAAGGCCACCCUCAUAUCUGGUUGAUCUUAAUUCUAUACGAAAUCUUGGACACGUUCAACAACAGCCAUAUCUUGUGGCUACUACCCCCACAGCCGAACAAGUGCAGAUGAUGGUUCCGUCUGCACUUUAUAUCGGAAAAAUCAAUAAUAUAGGCCCGACAUUUUACCCUCCUGGUGUUUUGCCACACUUUAAUACUCAGCAUGGUGCAGCCGUGAUUCCCCAAAUCCCAGUUUCUGUUCUUCAAACCUACUCGGGACCUGUUCAUUUCAUCGAAGGUCCUCAAGGGCUGAAUCUGAACACUUACCCAAAUAUGAGACCGGCCUUUUUUCCAAAUCGUAGCAUACCCUUCGUGGAGAAUGGAAGCCGGGGAAUUGGCAAUGCAGAUCUUUUGAUUCCUCUCGGAAAUGGGUUGUUUGAGACAAGAGAAAGACCGGCUGAACAAGUCAUUUUGUCUGCUUCUCAGAUUAACUACAGACAGAUGAGCUCUUGGAAUUAGGUAUAAGCUUGGGAUUAUUGUUCAUUUAAUCUAACAGUACCAGUCAUGCAAUGUACAUAAUUGGAGUUUCGUCUAGUUAUAACUGGGAUUAAUACGCGAUUGUGUUUUCGUCAUUUUUAUCUCGUACACUUAACCAUAGAAUUUGCCUGUGUUUGAAGCUGUUAUCUGACAUUGAGAUCGAGGUUAGUUUUGUACAGAGUAUCGAGUAUAGAAUUAUUAGUUUGCUGAAAGUUUGCAGUUAUUAUAGAGCUUGAUUUAGAAAAGGUUACGACUUUUCGAGCUUAUAUGGCGCUCGGUUUAGAAUUCUUGCGCGUUUCCGGCUUCAAAAUCUAAGCUGCAUUGCCUCAGAAACUUGUACUAUGCAAUUUAUUGGACAUCAAUAACAUGCCAUUCUGAAUC